UUGACAAAUUUCAAAACACAGCUAGCCAAAUUCCAGAAGAUCCAUAAUAAUUCGAAACUAUUGGCACAUAUUGUAACUGCCAUGCAUAGAUCUGCCACUCAUUUGUCCAUAAAUUGAGCUUAGAUCUUGAACACAUCUUAGUCAAUCCCACCUUUGACACGACCAUUAGUCUUGCAUGCAAAACCUCUACUAGUUCAUUUAAGUAGCAUUGUAUAGACUUUCCCAUUUAGGCUGCAAUGAGAUUCUCACAGCCAUGUCUAAGUUUGUUACUAGUUUUAGCCAAUGUCUUAGUCGAUAACUGUGUUGCAGCUGAACUUCCCAACAAUGGCCAUAGACUCAACCCGGCGUGCUUUUGGUUAUACCCUCCACCGGAUUAUGACUAUCCUAGCCCGACUCUGACGCCACCAUUAGAAUCCCCAAAUCCGCCAACACAUGGACGGCCUCCUUCACCAAAACCUCCAAUUAGUCCACCCCCAACUCCAACCUCUCCACCAAAACCUCCUUGUUCUCCCCCAAAAAAGCCACCUCCAACUCCAACUUCUCGACCAAAACCCCCUUGUUCUCCCCCAAUAAAGCCACCUCCGACUCCAACUUCUCCGCCAAAACCCCCUUGUUCUCCCCCUAUAAAGCCACCUCCAACCCCAACUUAUCAACCACCACCAGUACCCACAGCUCCACCAAAACCCCCUUGUUCUCCCCCAAUAAAGCCACCACCAACUCCAACUUCUCCACCAAAACCUCCUUGUUCUCCACCAAAAAAGCCACCUCCAACCCCAACUUAUCAGCCACCACCAGUACCCAUAACUCCCCCAAUUAUUAGUCAUCCCCCACCAACUCACAAACCUCCAGCAUGUCCACCAACCCACAAGCCACCUCCAACCUCCCCACCACCAAAGGCACAUCAACCCCCUCCACAAAUAUCACCACCAGUUCAAAAACCUCCUCCAACUCCAACUUAUCAACCGCCAACACCAUCUCCUCCAAUAUCUAGUCCUCCACUUUUGCCUCCACCAACGCCUAAACCUCAUCCAUGUCCACCUACCCCCAAACCUCCUAUUAAACCUCCAGAAACACCACCUACAAAACAGCCUCCAUCAUCUCCUCCACUAGUUUAUACACCCCCAGUAAGCCCUCCUCCAACAUAUGGAUACCCUCCACCAUCAUACCAGACAUAAUCAACUAUAGUCCAUUUAAAGUUCAAGUAAGUUUAUUACAAAAGAUGUCUAUUUAAGACUAAAAAGUUUCUUUCUCUGUCUCUGUAAUGCAUCUCAUUGAAGCCAAGCUUGUAGUAAUACUUACUUUGAAAAAAUAAAAUGUAUGGAGGGCAUUAAUAUAGAAGACGUCUGUUUUAUUAAGUCAAUAAUGAUUCUAUUAUGUUAUUUCCAUCAAGCAUAGAUUAAUUGUAGGAAAAUUAUUAAGUACUCCUGGGUACUUUUUUUGAGAAUCAACUCCUGGGUACUUAAUCAUCAUAAACUCAUAUAAGCAGAUCAUGCUCUACGGCACAUUUCAGACUUUCCAUAUCCCUAUUGCCAAAGCAACCAUCACAAAGUGGAUAUCACUUAAUAUUUAACUUAAUUAUCCUUUGUCAUCAACAGGCCAUGCAUUAAAUAAUUAAAAUUAAGCAAAUCUCUCGAGUAUUUUAAUCUUCUACAAUCGAUAGCUGCAAGCU